UUCCAGAAGGCAGAAUCUGAUCUGGAUUAUAUUCAACACAGACUGGAGUUUGAAAUAAGGAAAAGUCUUCCUGAUAAUCCAGCAGCAGAGGAAAACCCAGUUGCUCUCUUAGAAGCGCUCUCAGUGGUGAAAUCUCGUUAUAAAAUGUUAUGUAUGCAACUGGAAAAAGUUUCCAUGGAGCAGAGAGCAUCUAUGAAGGGCAUCCGUGCUGCUCUAGAGAACACGAUGAAGAUGGUUCAGGCAUUACAGCAACAUACUGAUCUCGAGUGCUCACCUCUGUCAGAAGAAGAGCAGACUGCAGCGCAGCAGUUAACCUGCCAAACUCUUAGAGAAAUGGAAUCGCUAGUGGAAGAGCCAUUUUGUUCAGGAUCUACAGUCCCUGGCUCAACCGAAGAAUUAUAAUUCAAACCAUUGACUGAGGAAAUACUUAUGUCUGUACCAAGGAGUAUCAGAAGUACUGUUAAACUAGCAGUCUUGAAUAAUGUGUACAAGUUAUUUAACCACUUCAUUGUAAAUAAGAACAGAGCAGCAUUGAGUGUUUCACAGAUGAACAUGAAAGCCACUGACUCAAGAAUACAAAUCUUGAAAGAACUUGCCAUCGUGGAACUUGACAAACAAGGAAAUGUUAAAUUGGUUGUAUAA